GGGAGGAAGCAGCAAGAUUAUAAGUAGUCUGAGCAGCAAGAACAGAAAAAACCAAAGAGACCAAGCAGGGUCUGCAGAAGAGAGAUGGUUGACUAUCUAGGAGCCUUCAGGAACGGGAGAUUUCAGAGGACCAUCUUUGGCACUGCCUUGAUCUCUGCUCUGAUUGCUCAGAUACAAGUGGGAGCCUGGACAUAUCAUUACAGCAAUCUGAAGUCAUAUUCAUGGAAUGCUUCUCGGAGAUUUUGUCAGGCGUAUUAUACAGACUUAGUAGCCAUUCAGAAUCAAAAUGAGAUCACAUACCUCAAUGAAGUUUUGCCCUACUACCCUGAAUAUUACUGGAUUGGGAUCCGGAAAAUCAAUAAUGUUUGGACCUGGGUGGGGACCAACAAGACCCUCACAAAGGAGGCUGAGAACUGGGCAGAAAAUGAACCCAAUAACAAGAGGAAUGACCAGGACUGUGUGGAGAUCUAUAUCAAGAGAACUUCUUCUGCUGGGAAGUGGAAUGAUGAACCAUGUGUGAAAAGAAAAAGGGCAUUGUGCUAUCAGGCCUCCUGUGAACCUUUCUCCUGUAACCAGCAUGGAGAAUGUAUUGAAACCAUUGGAAACUACACCUGCUCCUGCUACCCAGGAUUUUACGGACCAGAAUGUGAAUAUGCUUUAGAGUGUAAAGAACUUGACCUCCUCCCUGGCCAUAUGCACAUGACUUGCAGCCAUCCUCUGGGAAAUUUCUCCUACAAAUCCACAUGUGAUUUCUACUGCACAGAAGGACAUAGACUGAAUGGGGCAAGCACGCUGGAGUGCUUAGCUUCUGGGGAAUGGUCAGCUGAGACCCCAGAGUGCUCAGUCCUUGAGUGCCCAGUCUUGAAGAGUCCUGAAAGAGGGAAUAUGAACUGCCCAAAGGGAAACAUUCAUGGGUCCAGCUGUAGCUUCAGUUGUGAAGAGGGGUUCAGACUAAAAGGGGAAGAAGUGGUCUGGUGUACACCAUCUGGAGCCUGGACAGCACCAGUCCCACAGUGUGAAGCCAUCGCUUGUGAUCCAUUGGAGAGUCCUACCCACGGAAGCUUGAAUUGCUCCUCGUCUCUGACAGAACUUCAGUACAAUUCCAGAUGUUCAUUCCAGUGUGCUGAAGGGUUUGUGCUAAAAGGAGCAGAGACCACUGAGUGUGACAUGUCUGGAACCUGGACGGCCCCAGCCCCAGUUUGUCAUGCUAAGCAGUGCCAGGAUCUGAGUGCUCCCAGCAAGGGACACAUGAGCUGCUCUCACCCUUUGGGGAACUUCAUGUAUCAGUCAUCAUGUAAGUUCACAUGUGAGGAAGGAUUUGUCCCACACGGGCCACAAGUGCUGCGUUGUUUGCAUACUGGAAACUGGACCUCUCCACCACCAGUCUGUGAAGCUGUUACAUGCAAGCCCUUGCUGACACCUGAGGAAGGAACAACGUCCUGCGUCCAUCCUUUUGGGGAUUCCAGCUAUAAAUCAAUUUGCCAAUUUAGCUGUAAUGAGGGAUUUUCUUUAAUUGGAUCAAACAGACUCCACUGCACUAUUUCUGGACGCUGGACAGCUGACCCACCAACAUGUCAAGCAAUCAAAUGUCCGCCAUUAAUGGCUCCACCCCAGGGGAUGCUACAAUGCUCUGGGGCACAUGGAAACUUGGGAUAUAACUCCACUUGUGACUUCUCCUGCAAGAGGGGACUUAUGCUAAUGGGAGCCCAGAGACUCAAGUGUACAGCUUCAGGAUCCUGGACAGCUCCCCCUCCAUAUUGUAAAGCCGUUAAGUGCCCAGUAUUAAACGACCCAGACUGGGGGAGCCGGGAGUGUUCCUAUAACCAGGGAGACUCCAGAGACAGCUCCACCUGCCAUUUUACCUGUAACAAAGGCUUUGUCUUAAAGGGAUCUGACACUGUGCGAUGUUUACCUUCUGGCAAGUGGACAGCACCUCCUCCAACUUGUGAAGUUGUCAAAUGUCCAGAACUGACUCUUCGUAAACCAAUGCUGAUGAAUUGCUCUCACCCCUGGGGGUACUUCAGUUAUGAAUCCACGUGCAACUUCUAUUGCCCUGAGGGUCAAGUGUUGAACAGCUCCCCAGAAAUAAAGUGCCAAGCAGAGGGCACCUGGUCAAAAAAGAUGCCAACCUGCCAAGAAAAACCCUUGUCCAUCCAGAAAGCUCUGGCUUACUUUGGAGGAGCAGUUGCAUCUGUAUCAAGUCUUGUAAUAGGUGGUACGAUCUUGGCUCUUCUAAGGAAACGUUGCAGACAAAAAGAUGAUGGAAAAAGGCCCCUGAGCCCUCGAAGCGUCAUGGGAACUCCCGGAGUUUUUACCAACCUGGCUUUUGACUCAGCUUCUUAAGAUCUGCUCCUCCACAGCAGCGCCAUCAACUUUCACAGGAUCCCGUUUCUGAAUACGCCUGUUCCUGCCAGACUUGACUUUUGCUGCAGUUUAACCAUCUGCAGUGUUCUGUAAAUAUCUGUAAAUAAGAGACAUUGGUUUCCUCUAGGUUUCCUCUGCUGCUGGUUCAGUAGGGUUGCCACUUCUGUCCCACCUAGCCAUCAUCAUUCUCCACAACAAAGCAGCUGCAGCCAGGACCAGAAGUUUCCAAAGGAGCUGUGAAAGAUUUUACCUUUUUCCACCCCAUGCAUCACCAUCUGAAAUGGUAGUGCUGUCCAACAGGAUUGGGAACUGGGAGUAGCUAGAAAAAUCAGACCACAGUGGGCACCACACAAUGGAGUAAGAAAAAUGAGAGUUAAGGAAGCAACUUCAGAAACAAAGAGCAAACUCUGUACUUAGAGGCUUGACACUUGAUGUUGAGGCCUCUAGGUGGCGCCAGAUGGUGGAAGAAGAUGACGGGGUCAACAGAAGAGCCAUCACAUCUGCCCAACUUUUCACUGAUGAUUUUCCUCUCCUGUCUUCCCCACACCAGCUCAUCCAAGGAUUAAAAUUCAAAUCAUAUAACCUUCCA